UCACUCCCUCCCUGGCCUCAUCAUUCUCCUCACCACUCCCUCUCUCCCUAAAUCACCCCUCCUCUCCCCGUGCAAUCCAGAUGAAGAUGUUGCUAGCUCUCCUCCUCCUCUCCACCGCCGCGGCCGCGGCCGCGGUCACUUCGCAACGAACCUCAUCGCAGACCGAUAAAUUGGCCCUCCUCUCCUUCAAAAUCAUGAUCCAACACGACCCCGACCGUGCCCUCUCCAGCUGGCAGCGCUCCGCUCACCCCUGCACAUUCCACGGCGUCACCUGCAACGACCAGCGCCGCGUCAUCGCCCUUGAUCUCGCCCAAUCUAACCUUGUCGGUCACAUCUCCUUCUCUCCGCUCUCCUCACUGGACAUGCUCCUCUCCCUCAACCUCUCCGCCAACUCCUUCGUCGUCAACGCCACUUCUUCACUCCUGCAAAUCCCCUCCUCUGUUAAGGAGCUCCAGCUCUCCUUCUCCGGAAUCAUCGGCCGCAUACCUGAGAACAUGUUCGCCAAUUGCCCCAAUCUCGAGUACGUCAAUCUAGCCUUCAACAACAUCACCGGAUUCCUGCCGGAGAAUCUCUUCCUCCACAUCGACAAGCUUAAAUAUCUCGAUCUCUCCUACAACAACGUCUCUGGCACUGUUUCUGAUCUGAAGAUCGACAAGUGCAGCUCCCUUUCUCGCCUCGAUUGGUCGGGAAAUCAGAUUACUGGAUCGCUGCCGCCGUCGUUCUCCAAUUGCACCAACCUGGUGGAGCUGAUUCUGCCGGAUAAUUUCCUCUCCGGCGAGAUUCCCUCCGCUUUCGGCGCGCUGAGAAGCCUGCAAACCCUAGACCUCUCGCACAACCACCUCAGUGGCUGGAUCCCGCCGGAGCUCGGCAACACGUGCGCCACCCUCGUCAGCCUCAAGCUCUCCAAAAACAACAUCACCGGAUCGAUUCCCUCCUCCUUCGCGUCGUGCUCGUCUCUCCAAACGCUGGAUCUCUCCAACAACAACUUGACCGGUCCUUUUCCGGAUUCAAUUCUCGAAAAGUUAUCGUCUCUGGACACCAUCCAGCUCAGCGGCAAUUGGAUUUCCGGCGAAUUUCCUGCGUCAAUUUCAUUCUGUAAGAACCUGAGGGUGGUGGAUUUCAGCUCCAACAGGCUCUCCGGGAUAAUCCCGCCGGAUAUAUGCCCGGGCGCCGCCUCGCUAGAGGAGCUCCGGGCGCCGGACAAUCUCCUCUACGGCCCGAUCCCGUCUCAACUGUCCUUAUGCUCAAAGCUGAAGAUCAUCGACUUCAGCAUCAAUUACAUCAACGGAUCGAUUCCGAAUGAAUUAGGAAAUCUCGAGAAUCUGGAGCAGCUGAUAGCCUGGUACAACGGCUUGGAAGGAAGCAUACCGCCGGAGCUCGGGAAAUGCAGGAAGCUGAAGAAUCUGAUACUAAACAACAAUCAUUUAAGCGGCAGAAUCCCAACGGAACUCUUCAAUUGCGCUAACAUAGAGUGGAUUUCCCUCACCAGCAACGCCCUCACCGGCGAAAUCCCCAAGGAAUUCGGGUUUUUAUCGCGCCUUGCGGUUCUGCAACUCGCCAGCAACAGUUUAAGCGGCCAGAUCCCGAAGGAGCUAGCCAACUGCACCAGUUUGGUAUGGCUAGACCUGAACAGCAACCAAUUGAGCGGCGAGAUCCCGCCGCGGCUAGGGCGGCAGCAAGGGGCGAAGGCGCUCACCGGAAUCCUAUCAGGAAACACACUUGUCUUCGUCCGGAACGUGGGGAACUCGUGCAGGGGAGUCGGAGGUCUCCUCGAAUUCGCCGGAAUUCGCCCCGAGAGGCUGCUGCAGGUGCCGUCGCUCAAGAGCUGCGAUUUCACCAGGCUCUAUUCCGGCCCUGUUUUGAGUCUCUUCACCCGGUAUCAGACGCUCGAGUAUCUCGAUCUCUCUUAUAAUCAGCUCCGCGGCAAAAUUCCCGAUGCUUUCGGCGAUAUGAUAGCUCUGCAGGUUCUGGUCAUAUCGCACAACCAGCUAUCAGGCGAGAUUCCGGCGUCGUUAGGGCAGCUAAAGGAUAUCGGAGUUUUCGACGCGUCGCACAACAGACUGCAGGGGCAUAUUCCAGAGUCCUUCUCGAUGCUAUCCUUCUUGGUACAGAUUGAUCUCUCUCACAACGAGCUAACCGGCCAGAUUCCUCAGAGAGGGCAGCUUAGCACUCUUCCGGCGAGCCAGUACGCCAACAACCCCGGCCUAUGCGGCGUCCCGUUGAUGGAAUGCCAGUACAGCCAGCCUUCUUCCAAUCCGGACGACGAACAGGGGCGGAAGAGCGGAAGGACUGCGGCUUGGGCUAAUAGCAUCGUGAUGGGGAUACUCAUAUCAGUAGCUUGCGUGUGCAUCCUCAUUGUGUGGGCCAUUGCGGCCCGGGCGCGGCGCAGGGAGGCCGAGGGGGCGAAGAUGCUGAGCAGCCUUCAGGCCUCCCACGCGGCCACGACGUGGAAGAUUGAUAAGGAGAGGGAGCCUCUCAGCAUCAACGUCGCCACGUUCCAGCGCCAGCUCCGGAAGCUCAAAUUCUCCCAGCUGAUCGAGGCCACCAAUGGCUUCUCCGCCGCCAGCAUGAUCGGCUCGGGCGGCUUUGGGGAGGUGUUCAAGGCCACGCUCAAGGACGGCUCGAGCGUGGCCAUAAAGAAACUCAUCCGCCUCAGCUGCCAAGGCGACAGGGAGUUCAUGUCGGAGAUGGAAACGCUAGGGAAGAUCAAGCACAGAAAUCUAGUCCCAUUGCUAGGGUAUUGCAAAAUCGGGGAGGAAAGGCUGCUAGUGUACGAGUUCAUGGAACACGGCAGCUUGGAGGAGAUGCUCCACGGGCGGUCGAGGGGGAAGAGGUUGCUGAGGUGGGAGGAGAGGAAGAAGAUCGCGAGGGGGGCGGGGAAGGGGCUCUGUUUCCUUCACCACAACUGCAUCCCGCACAUCAUCCACCGCGACAUGAAGUCAAGCAACGUGCUGCUGGACAACGAGAUGGAGGCGAGGGUGUCGGACUUUGGGAUGGCGCGGCUGAUCAGCGCGCUGGACACGCACCUGAGCGUGAGCACGCUAGCGGGGACGCCAGGGUACGUGCCGCCAGAGUACUACCAGAGCUUCAGGUGCACGUCGAGGGGGGAUGUGUACUCGUUCGGGGUGAUCCUGCUGGAGCUGCUGACGGGGAAGAGGCCAACGGAUAAGGAGGACUUCGGGGACACGAAUCUGGUGGGGUGGGUGAAGGGGAAGGUGAGAGAAGGGAAAGGGAUGGAGGUGAUCGAUGCGGAGCUGCUGUCGGUGAACAAGGACGCGGAUGAGGAUGAGGAUGAGGCCGAGGCCGGGAAGGUGAAGGAGAUGGUUAGGUACUUGGAGAUAUCGCUGCAAUGCGUGGACGACUUCCCCUCCAAGCGCCCCAAUAUGCUGCAGGUUGUAGCCAUGCUCAGGGACCUUGGAUCUGCUCCCAAUACUGCUUGAUCCCUCUUUGUUUCUCAUAACUGUAAUAUUACUUUUUUUUGUCAAUUGAGAUCUCUUCAAACAUAAUAACUUCUUGAUUAACA